GAACAUUUCAAGAAAUAAAUAAUAGAAAAAUAUACAAUGAAGUUCGACAAUUGUUAUUCUUCUGAUAUCCACGUUCUAGCAAAGGAGAUCAAGAGAGAAACAUAUGAAUUGGAUAAACUUAAUGUAAAUCCUUACUCAUAUGUCUCUCCCUCGGCUUACGACACUGCUUGGCUAGCCAUGAUCGAAGAUCUCAAUGAUGUCAAUGCUAAAAAACCGAUGUUUCCUGGUUGUUUAGAUUGGAUUCUGAGCAAUCAGAACGCUUUGGAAGGACUAUGGGGAAAUCACGGAGAUGACAACGGAGACGAAACUCUCUCUUCGACACUUGCUUGUGUUGUAGCACUUCGCAAGUGGAACACUGGAAGUCUUCAUGUCCAUAAAGGAAAGAGAUACAUCGAAAACAGUACGGAGAGGGUUAUUAGGAAAUAUAAUAACCCAAAUAAGGACUCGUGUCCACGUUGGCUCGUUCUCAUGUUCACUGGACUCCUCGAGCUUGCUCAACAACUUGGCAUACACUUUCUCUUCUCUACUCGAGUUAAGCAAAUGAUCAACAACUUGUUUUUCCAACGCCAAAAGAUCUUCCACCGAGAAAAGCUCGUCGAUGGCCGUUGCAACCGGCAGCCUUUACUUGCAUAUCUAGAAGUACUGCCAUCGACAUUAUACGCUGAAAAUCAAGAAGACAUAAUCGAGAAACUCGACGAUUUAGAUGGCUCUUUGUUUCAAUCACCUUCAGCAACUGCAGCAGCGUUUAUCCUCUCACGCAAUACAAAUUGUCUGGCUUAUCUUCAGUCUCUCGUACAGAGAUGCCCCAAUGGAGAUUAAUUUUCGAGUUUUUUUUUUUUUUUUUUUUGAAAACCUUGUUCUUUAAAGAAAACUGUGGUACUAAAUUACUAAUAGUACUUUUGUAAUAAAUAUUUUUCUUUUUGUUUUGCUUAUGGUGAUUUAUCUAAAUACAGUGCCACAGAUUUACCCCUUUUGUGAAGAACUCAUCAAACUCUCUUUGGUCAAUAUAAUGGAUAACUACGGGUUAGGAGAAUACUUCGGUAAAGAUAUUGAUCAUUUUCUUCUUCAAACUUACAAUUACGAAAUCGAGGAUGACGGGAGAAUGCCAAUAUAUUCCAAAGUAGACCAGCUGCAAAAUGCCUCUCUCAGAUUUCGAAUGUUAAGAAUGAACGGCUUCGAUGUUUUGCCUGGGAGCUUUUGCUGGUUCUUGAAUGACGAAGAUAUCAAAGAUCAUCUAGAGGCAAACAUUGAAUGUUCAUUAUUUGUGAUGCUUAGUAUUUACAGAGCAACUGAUCUCAUCUUUUCGGGAGAGGGUGAGCUUAAGGAAGCAAGAGAAUUUUCGCGGAAUUACUCGAAAAAACUGAAUAUAUCAAUGCAAAUAUGGUGCCUACUUUUCACAUUAAACAUGAACUGAGUACUCCAUGGAUGGCUAGACUCAAACAUCUUGAUCAUAGGAUGUGGAUUGAGGACAAGGACUCAAAUGUUAUCUCAAUAGGAAAAGCCUUCCCGAUUCGUAUAUAUAGCGACAAGCUUACUCAUCUUGCUUCAAGAAAUUUCGAACUUCGACAAGCUGUAUAUAGGCUUGAGAUGGAGGACUUGAUAAAGUGGGUGAAGAAAUGGGGACUUAACGAUAUCUGGUUUGGAAGAGAGAAGACAACAUAUUGUUACUUUGCAGCUUCAUCAAGCACUUCAUUGCCCUUUGAAUCCGCAGCUAAUGUUCAUAAGCUUAUGGCAAAAAGUGGCAUCCUUAUCACAGUUGCUGAUGACUUCUUCGAUGAAGAAGGUUCUCUUGAUGAAUUAGAAGCUCUUACUAAAGCUGUUUUAAGAUGGGAAGGAGAAGAUCUUAAAGGUCACGGAAAGAUUAUAUUUGAAGCACUUGACAAUCUUGUAAAAGAGACUGCAGAGGCUUGCCGUAAGCAACACGGGACAUGCAUAACAACAAACCAUCUUCGCAAUAUCUGGGGUGAAACAUUUGAGUCGUGGCUACUUGAAGCUGAGUGGAGUAAGAAGGGACACAUACCGUCGAUGGAAGAAUAUCUUCGAAACGGAAUGAUCUCAACCGCAGCACACACCAUUGUUCUUCCCAUUUCGUAUCUCAUGGAACCUUGUUUUCCCCAACACAAACUCAAACCCGGAAACUACGAUAAUUUAACAACAUUGCUCAUGACCGUUACUCGACUCCUUAACGAUCUACAGAGUUACCAGAAGGAACAAGAACAAGGCAAGAUCAACUCCGUGCUGCUCCACAUGAAGAGUCAUAGUGGUUUUCAGGUAGAGGAAUCGAUUGCUUAUAUUGAAAUGAUCAUUGAUUCGAAGAGGAAAGACUUUAUGCAGCAUGUCCUAAUGGAUGGAUUCAGUGACUUGCCUAAACCGUACAAAGAUAUUCACAUGUCCGUUUGUAAAGUUUUUGAAAUGUUCUUCAACAAGAAGAAUCGUUAUGAUUCAGAGACGGAGAUGCUUCAAGACAUUAAUAAGGCUCUUUACGAUCCCGUGAACAUUCGUAAACUCUCCGAGCUCGAUCUAACGUUCUAGUGAAUUAUUUAUUCUAAAAUUUAUGUAUGCAUAAUGCAUUAUAUUUUUAAAAAUAACCAUCAUAAUGGCAUGAAAUCUUCUUUCUCACUUUUUGUAAGGCUUUUCUUUUUUUUUUGUUUUAAAAAUUAGUAACAAUGUAAAAUCAAA